AUGACCUCCCCUUCCGAAUUUCACGGCUGGCUGGGCCACGAUAAGAAUGCGGCACAAGGCAACAUGACAUGGUCGUCUUUCCAACCUAAGCCCUUCAACGCCAUCGAUAUCGACAUCAAAGUCUCCCAUUGCGGCAUCUGCGGCACCGACAUACACACCCUGCGAUCUGGCUGGGGCGCGACCCACUAUCCAGUAUGCGUCGGCCACGAAAUCGUCGGAAACGUCGUGCGUGCGGGAGACAAAGUCAAGAACCUGCGCUUAGGCGACAGAGUGGGCGUAGGCGCGCAGGCGUUCAGCUGCUUGAAGGACGACUGCGAGGAAUGUAGCGCGGGCAUUGAGCAGCAUUGUCCGAAGAUGGUGGGCACGUACAACGCGAAGUACCCGGAUGGAAGCUGGAGCAUGGGUGGAUAUGCAGACUACGUUCGCAUCCCAGCGCAUUUCGCUAUCAAGAUACCCGCUGGGUUGAAGAGCGAAGAAGCAGCGCCUAUGAUGUGCGGCGGCAUCACCGUCUAUGCGCCGCUGAAGAACAACGGCGCAGGUCCCGGGAAGAAGGUCGGAAUCGUAGGGCUAGGAGGUCUAGGCCAUUUCGGCGUCUUGUUCGCCAAAGCACUCGGCUGCGAGAAGGUUGUAGCGAUAAGCCGACGGAGGAACAAGGUCGACGACGCAAAAGCCAUGGGUGCAACGGAUUAUAUCGCCACCUCUGAAGACGACAAGUGGGCGCGCAACCACAGCCGAACCCUCGACCUCAUCAUCAGCACCGUCUCCUCCCCAGACAUGCCGCUCGAGUCCUAUCUCCGACUUCUCCGUACAGGCGGUUCAUUCAUUCAAGUCGGCGCACCAGAAGACAAGCUUCCUCAAAUCGCAGCGUUUGGUCUUAUCGGCAAAGGAUGCAAGAUCGGGGGUAGCCAGAUUGGCAGUCCCAAGGAGAUUGAGGAGAUGCUUCAGUUUGCGGCUGAUAAGGGGAUUAAGCCUUGGGUGCAGAAGCGCAAUAUGAAGGAUGCGAAUAAGAGUGUGGUUGAUAUGGAGGAGGGCCAUGCACGGUAUCGUUAUGUUCUUGUAAAUGCGGAUCAUGGGGACAGGGCGAAGAUGUGA